AGGGGCUCAGAGCCGGAGCAGUGGGUCCGGGAGCGGAGCCGGAGCCGGAGCCGGAUCUCCCGACAUGGAGGAGCCUGUUAGUGUGACGGGACUGCCCUCCUCCAGCCGUGGGGUAGUUAUCCAGGUCCGGGAGAAAAAGAGCUGUCUGCGAGCAGCCAUCCCCUACAUGCCUUUCCCACUGGCUGUCUUCUGUCUCUUCCUGAAUACCUUCAUCCCAGGACUGGGAACCUUCGUGUCAGCCUUCAUGGUGCUGUGCGGGGCCCGGACUGACCUGCCAAAUCGCCACGUCUGCUGUGUCUUCCUGAUAAAUGUGGCAGCCGCCCUCAUUCAAAUCCUCACGGCGGUGGUGAUGGUGGGCUGGAUCAUGAGUAUAUUUUGGGGAAUGGACAUGGUCAUCCUAGCCAGCUACAAAGAGCAGGGGAUUCCUCACCAUGUGUAGCUGUGUGUACGUCUGAAGAGGAUCAGUUGCUCGCCCGCACCCCCCUUUUCCACAGGCAGCUGUUGCUAGGAAUCCGACUGGACGUCCCUGAGGGCCUGCAGGCUUCGAGACGCCAGAAGGCCCCAAUGUCAGGCCGAUUUUUCUCUUUUGUUCAACAUUGUAAACGACACGAACGGU